AUGGGUAACGACGGGGGCUCCAUCCCUACUCGACGCGAACUCGUCAAGUCCUCCGCCGCUGCCCUCUCGACCACCCAAGUCAAGGAAAUCCAAACCGAGCAACAAGAGCACUACUGGUCCACCUGCGCCCUCUCUCACCAACCUCUACGCCGUCCUGUCGUCUCAGACGCUUUAGGCACCUUAUACAACAAAGAUGCCGUGCUUGAUUAUUUGCUAGACGUGGGGAAAGAGGGUGGAGAGGUGGAGAAGGCGGAGUUGGAGAGGAGAGGGGAGGCAUUCAAGGAUCGCUUGAGGGGGUUGAGGGAUGUAGUUGAGGUACGGUUCCAGACUGAAGGGGCGGGAGGGAGUCAGAGAUGGGUUUGUCCCGUUACGGGCAAACAGUUGGGACCGGGAACGAGGGCUGUAUAUCUCGUGCCGUGCGGCCAUGCGUUUGGGGAGACAGUCUUCAAAGAGAUGCCGGGUGAUGUUUGCCUACUGUGCAACGAACCCUACACCGCCGAGAAUAUGAUACCGAUCCUUCCCACCUCCGAAACAGACAAGGACCGCCUCGAACAGCGCAUCGAAGCUCUGAAAGCACAAGGCCUGACACACUCACUAAAGAAAGCCCCCGGUGCCGGCAAGAAAAGGAAGAAGACAGCCACUGUCGAAGAAGCUACCGUAGGCGAGGAACCCCUCAACCCGACACAAACGAAGAGCGAGAAGCCGGAAAGCAACCUCAAGAACGCGGAGACGGCAUCGUUAACGGCAAAGGUCCUGGCGGAGCAGGAAGAGCGGAACAAGCGGAGGAAGCUAGGAGCGAAUGACAAUGUGAAGAGCUUGUUUUCGAAUAAGAAUGGAAUGGACGAGAAACAUUUGGAUUUUAUGACGAGAGGAUUUUCCAUACCUGCAAAUGCGAAACGAUGA